UGUAUACAAUCUUGUUCCGCUUCUUCCAGUUGCAAGGAAAAGCUAUCUGUUAUUAUCCAUACAUCCUCAUCAUCAGCGAAAGUCACUGAGAGACAAAGAAGAAGCAUCAAAAAAUGGCAGCCAUGGCUGCACUUCAGAGCUCCAUGACCUCUCUUUCCCUCUCCUCCAAUUCCUUCUUGGGCCAACGCCUCUCUCCUCCUACUCUCUACCCAGUCACGGCCAAGCCAACAGAGAAGCCAUGUCUCAUUGUAGCAAGGCUUAAACGAUGGGAGCGGAAGGAAUGUAAGCCAAACAGCCUUCCAGUCCUACACAAAAUGCAUGUUAAGGUGGGAGAUACAGUGAAAGUAAUAUCGGGGCGUGAUAAGGGUAAAAUUGGAGAAAUUACCAAGAUCUUUAAGCAUAACAGCUCCGUGGUAGUGAAUGAGAUAAACUUAAAGACAAAACAUGUGAAGAGCAGAGGAGAGGAUGAACCUGGCCAGAUUCUUAAGAUUGAAGCCCCUAUCCACAGCUCAAAUGUGAUGCUCUACUCAAAAGAACAGAAUGUAGCAAGCCGGGUGGGUCAUAAAAUCCUUGAAGAUGGUACACGAGUCCGUUACCUUAUAAAGACUGGGGAAAUAAUCGAUAGUGCUGAGAACUGGAAGAAACUGAAGGAAGAGAAAAAGAAAACUGAAGUAGCUGUUGCUUCGUAGAGAUCGAAUUCAUGACUUCACAAUUUAAGUAAUUUCUGAAUCUCUAGAUGUAUUUCUGAUCUUCUUUUAUCUUCACUUGUCUAAAUAUUUUGUUACUGCUCUUUGCUGAUCCCUAUACACUAGAGUAACAUAGUUUUCUUCAUCCUGUAUUGGUCCUAUCAUCCACUGCAAUUUGGAAUAUGGAUCUCUAGCCUAAACAUUUAUUUUGUAAUAUCUUGGGAGUUCAAUGCAAUUGAUAGAUAUGCAUGUGCAUAUGCCUUUUUUCC